AGAGAGAGAGAGGCAUAGAGAGAGACAGACGGGGACGCAGACACAAUAGCGGCGUCGAGGUAUUGCAGAAGAAGGGGAAGAUGAGCAGCAGCGGGGCUAAGGGAGGUGCAAGUAGGGUUCCGAUUCCCGCCGGCGUCAAGAAGACGGUUGAGAAUAUUAAGGAGAUUACUGGCCAGAAUCACUCCGAGGAUGAGAUUUAUGCAAUGCUCAGGGAGUGCUCCAUGGAUCCCAACGAGACCGCGCAGAGGCUUCUACUUCUCGAUACGUUCCAUGAAGUGAGAAGAAAACGUGAUAGGAGAAAAGAGCCUCAGACUAAGGAGCCUGGAGACUUAAAGUGGAAGUCUGGUACUCAGGCUAGGGCAAGUAGACCGGGUCGUGGGAACUAUCCAUCACGAUACAUAUCUCAUGAUGUUGGUGGUGGAAGAAGCUCCGCUUCUGUAAAGGAAAAUGCUACUGGUCCAGAUAAAGGCACCAAGACCCAUGUGGCUCUUUCUAAAGACAUCCGAAAGAAAGAAAUUUCUUCUGCUGCAAGCUCAAUUACUGCUGUGUCUAAUGGUCCAUCUGGUAUUACUUCAGAGAGUGCCAAUGUUAUUCAUAAAACCCAUGCAUCUGCAGGUGGAGGUGUUGACCAAUCCAAUACAACUUCUAGCAUGAGUGUGUUGGACGGACCACUUCCGCCAUCCUCCCCUAUUGCUUCCAUAAAAACUUCCAAGGAUUUACACCAGCACCAGAUGAUAGAGUCGAACAAUGCGUCAAUCUCUUCUUCAGAACAUGCUUCAGGAUCUUAUCUCUCUUCUUCAGAUCCUAUCUUAGUGCCGUCUCCAGAUUUUCCACUUCCUACUGCUGUGGGCACUAUUCGACGUGAGGUGGGAAGCCAGCACGCUACUGCUGAAUUUGUUGAUGACAAUCCUUCUCGGAUCAAACAACCUUCUGUCAAAACCUCUCCUUCAGACGGUGGGAUACAUAAUUUGAAGCAAAAGAUGCCGAAUGAUUUCCCUGUGGUUGGAAAGAAUCAGAAUGUAGAGUCUACACAGACUUCAUCUCCAACUGUCAGCAGACCUUCAUCAAACUACAGCAACCGCUCUCAAGGAGUUGGCGUGCAAAAAGUUGGUCCUGGAAAAGAGUGGAAACCAAAGACUUCAAGUACCAAUAUUGGUCAGGGUGCCAAUGCAGCUGCCUCAGUAGAGGUUUCUGCAGUAACUGUACGAAGUCCUGAAUCUCAGACAAAUCAUGAUAUCUCCACUCCACAAGAAGAUGUUUUUGAACUUCAGAGGAAACUAGAGGAUUCUCAGAUAUCAGAUGGGGAACAUGUUAUUAUUCCUAAUCACCUACAUGUCCCUGAGGCUGGAAAACUUGGAUUUUGUUUUGGAAGUUUUGAUGCUAGCUUUGGGUUGGACAUUAACAAAAACGAUAAUCCAGGAAGUGAGAAGACAGCACCAUUGACUGAAUCCUCUGAAGCGGAUGUGGAACCAAUGAAAGAGUCACACCCAAGUUACCAAAAUGCAUCAGCACCUGCAGAAGAUACUGAAAUGAAAUAUCCUGACCAUCCCCAGUCACCUUCACCAGGACCAGAAAAAUUUUCACCUAAUGAAGUUGAAGUCUCAUCCUCUGUUAUCCCCAAUUACAAUGAAACACAGCCUGAGGUUACUCCCGGAGGCCUUCAACAUCAGGUGGCUGCUCAAACUUCUUCAAACUAUAAUAUCGGUGUCAUGCCAACAAUAUUGAGUGCCAAUCUUACACCUUUGGAAAGCUCAGAAUCUCAAGCCCGUGAUGCUCCUCGGCUCCCAAGCUUUGUUGUGCCACAAUCUUUUGAUCCAACUAGUUAUUAUGCUCAAUUUUAUCGCUCUGGCAUGGAUACUGAUGGCCGAACCUCCCCUUUCCAUCCUGCUGCUGCUGCAAAUAAAUUUAAUGGAAAUGCAGGGCUGGUCUCUCCACAGACUUCUCAGACACCACAAGAGUUGCAGGGUGGAGUUCCGUUGGUUUUGUCCACAGCUUCUGCAACGCCAUUGGUGACCCAAGCUGCUGGGGUGAUGCAAAGCACAAUAUCAAUGGCCCAACAACCUCUUCCUGUCUUCCGGCAACCAACAGGGGUUCACUUACCUCAUUAUCCUCCAAAUUACAUUCCAUAUGGUCCUUAUUUCCCCCCAUUUUAUGUCCCGCCACCUACAAUUCACCCCUUCCUAAGCAAUGGUGCAUUCCCCCAGCAGCCUCAAGCUGGCAGUUUGUAUCCGACUGCACCUGGAACAGCCGGAAAAUACCCAGUUUCUCAGUAUAAGCAGGGAUCAAAUACAGGAAGUUCAACUCACAUUGGAUUGCCCGGUAUCUACGGGCCAUAUGGUCUUUCCAUGGCCAACUACUCUUCUGGUUCAGCCGCAUCAGCUGUUACAUCAACAUCUAAUGACGAUAAUUCUGCUUCUCAGAACAAGGAGAACAACGGCUAUAUGAGCAGCCAACAGAAUGAUGGUUCCGGUGUAUGGUUCACCACUCCUGGUCGAGACAUUUCCACCUUGCAGACCAAUUCUUUCUACAACCUUCCUCCAGGCCAACUAGCUUUCACACCUACACAACCAGGGCACGGAACCUUUACUGGGAUUUUCCACCCGGCACAAGCUGUCACAACGGCCAACGUGCACCCUUUUUUGCAACAAUCUCAGCCCAUAACCAAUGCUGGGGAUAUGACGGGCCCUACAGCUGGGGUAUACCAGCAGCCACAGUACACACAACUUAAUUGGCCGAAUAACUACUAAGCUAAAACCCUUCUUCAAGGUAUGGACAAGUUCAAAUCCCGAAUCUUCACUACAGGAUUUACAAGAUUAAAAAAAAAAAGAACAGAGACAACCUGAAGACUGAAGAUCCCCAAGUAAGUGUAAAUUAAAUGGAAGGGGCCAAUAAAAUUGGCUGAUAUCUUUUUGCUAUCCUAAAAAACAACGGUGGUAAGUUAAUUGGGGCUGGAAUGCUUACUGUGCCUCUGUUUCUCCCUCCUUAGAGUUGGCAUCGUAAUUCGUUUGAGUAAAUACUCGGGGAACCUGCCCUUUUAUAGCUGGUUGGUAGUCUUGCUGGAGGUGCAAUUCUUUUUCUUGUUCUUGUUGUCUUGUCCUGUCCCGAAGUUUGAAACUUAAACAGAAGUUAUAGGUGAGAUUUGUAGGCAUUUCCCCUGUUGUUUUGAUCUCCCGUAUUUUUGCCCCGUUUCUUGUUUGUGCUGUCUGUGUUCUGUGAAGGGAGAGACUUAGACGAUGUAAGGAUGCAAGUGUUGUAACUGUGGCCGCUCUUCUGCUAUUAUAAGGUUUUCAUAGUUUUGGAAUUACUUACUAUUGUUUUGAUUUUAUUUUAAUAUCCAUCCAGUGUGGAAAUGAUCCUUAUUAAGUACUCCAGUUAUCAUGUGACUACUUGAUAUUUUUGGGUCUA